GGAGACAGAAGUACUGUAAAAAAGAAAUGGGCUUUUGUAUCACGAAUUUUUGUGCUCUACUUCUUAAGUUGAGUAAAAAAAAAAAGGGCGUUUAGCCGUUUACCGUCAUCCAAUUCGACGGAAUUUCUGUUUCUGUGAAGAGAUGAUGCUGAUGUCAGGCAGAAAAAUGGAAGAAAACAUGUGCUCCGACGACUUAAAAUAUUUUUGUAUCUCCUGCUUCUUCUAUAAUUGGGCAGAAGCAGAGGAACUGCAGAGCGCACCUCCAUUAGAGUACCAAUGACUUCCUCUAGUACUCCGCUGCUUUCUGCUUUCCUGAUCCUGUUCAUUGUCCAACAAUGGACGGGCGCGUUGGGAGCGAGGGAUGCGUACAUAGUCCACAUGGACGUUGCGGCCAUGCCGACGGCCUUCAGCAGCCACCACUAUUGGUACACCUCCCUCCUCUCAUCUGAGAGCUUCAUUGCUGCCGCAGAUGACGCUGUGUCUGCUUCGCAGUCGAGCCACAUCUACACUUACAACCAUGCCAUCAAUGGCUUCAGCGCUCUUCUCUCCAGAUCUCAGCUAGAAAUGCUCAAGAGGUCCCCUGGUUUCGUUUCUGCUUUCCGGGACAUACCAGGCACAAAGGAAACCACUCAUACCUACAAGUAUCUGGGCCUGAACCCCGUUUCUGGGAUCUGGCCUGCAUCCAAGUAUGGCAGAGACAUCAUAAUAGGCAUCGUCGACACCGGCGUCUGGCCGGAGAGCUCGAGUUUCAGAGACGAUGGUAUGCCGGAGAUCCCCAAGAAGUGGAAGGGCCAAUGUGAAGUUGGUACAGCCUUCAAUGCCUCCAUAUGCAACAGGAAGCUCAUCGGAGCGCGUUUCUUCAACAAGGGACUCCUGGCGCAGGACCCCAAUCUCACGAUAUCCAUGAAUUCUGCAAGGGACACCGACGGCCAUGGCACGCACACCGCAUCAACUGCUGCCGGGAACUACGCUGGAGGAGCAUCAUACUUUGGCUAUGGUGCAGGCACAGCGAGGGGCAUAGCCCCGCGCGCUCGGAUAGCCGUCUACAAGAAACUUUGGGCAGAAGGCCAAGUUGCUUCUGAUACCCUUGCUGCAAUGGACCAGGCAAUUAAAGAUGGUGUGGAUGUGAUCUCGCUCUCCUUGAGCUUUGAGCGAACUACUCCCAUCUACGAAGACCCCAUUGCUUUGGGUGCGUUUGCAGCUAUGGAGAAAGGGAUCCUUGUCUCUGCAGCUGCUGGAAACAGGGGACCUGAUUCCAGGACACUCCGUAAUGGCGCUCCCUGGAUACUCACAGUUGGUGCUACCACCAUAGAUCGGAGAUUCUCCGGCGUUGUCACUCUCGGAAAUGGAGCUUCCUUUGUCGGCUCAUCCUUGUAUAUUGGAAAGAAGACGGUGAAAAAUCUACCGCUUCACUACAGUGCAUCCUGCGGUUCAAGUGAUGAGCUAAAGAAUGUAACGAAGAAGGUUGUUGUAUGUGAAGGGACCGAAGAAUCAUCAGUAUUUGAGACCUCAACUGUUGCAGAUGCAAAGGGCGCAGGCGCACUGCUCCUAACCAAUGUCUCGCUUGUGAUAAGAGCAAAAGAUUUCGAGUGCCCAGCAUCAGUAUUGGAUCCCAAAGAUUCAGCAGCCAUAAGGAAGUACGUGAAAACCAGCAAGAACCCAACUAUUAGCCUGACGUUCCGCAGGACUUUUACCGGCAUAAAACGGGCACCCACCAUUGCAGAAUUCAGCUCUAGGGGGCCAUCGUUCGGCACUUCGGCCAUCCUGAAACCGGACAUUGUGGCACCUGGUACUCUUAUAUUGGCAUCUUAUUCUCCUAUGAAAUCUGCUGCAACCUUGCAGGGAGAAUCGUUCUUUAGCAACUUCACCCUCUUGUCUGGAACAUCCAUGUCAUGCCCUCACGCCUCCGGGCUCGCCGCGCUGCUGAUGUCUGCUCAUCCCGACUGGAGUCCGGCCGCAAUCCGGUCGGCCAUGAUGACAACUGCUAACAUUUUGGAUAAUACCAGGAAGCCCAUUGACGAUGUUAUUUCCCCUAUCGCCAUGGGCUCAGGUGAGAUCAAUCCAAACAAGGCCAUGGACCCUGGCCUGGUCUAUGAUGCAGGCCGCGGAGACUAUGUCAAGUUCCUCUGUGCCCUGAAUCUCACGAGGGCAGAGUUACAGGCAAUCACAAAGAACUCUUCGGAUUAUGAUCGAUGCAAAGGCGGGAAUCUUGAUUUGAACUACCCAUCUUUUGUCGCUUACCUAGAUUAUGGUCAGUCCUCUGGUGUGUGGAGGUUUCAGAGGACGGUGACCAAUGUAGGAGAGGACGGUCCUACAAAUUACACGGCCAAACUGACAAAAAUUAAGGGCUUUAGAGUGACAGUGACUCCAUUAAAGCUCACAUUCCAGAGGAAAAACCAGAAAGCCUCGUUUUCUCUCACAUUGGAAGUGAAGCGGCCGAUGAAAGACCCCAUAGUUUUUGGGUUCCUGACUUGGGUGGAUGAUCAAGGAAAGCAUACUGUAAGGAGCCCAAUCGUGGGUACCACUAUAAGAGAGACAGAAUGAGAGUUCUUCUCAAAAUUUGUACCAAGAACAGAAGCAUAUAAGGAUGUUGCUGCAUGAAUAAAUUGUUAAGGAAGGAAAACUCUCCUAGUGUUGA